AUAUAGCAGCGUCUGCUUUCUAUCUCGACAAGCAUCUGUCCCUAUAACAAUGUUCCUCUCCCGAAUCGCCCUCUUCGCUUUUACUCUCGUCACUCUCGUCACUGCAAGUCCUGCCUCACCCGUCGCCCGAGCAGGUCCCAGCAGUGUCGAAGACGUUCUUCACAACCUGAAGAGCACCACUGACGCUAUCCUCCCCCAGAUUAAUGCUCUCGUAGCGAACAAGACCGCAACCGACGAGUUGGUCACUCCCCUCCUCAACCAAGUCGUCUCGGCCGUAGACGCCGCCACCUCGUCUAUUGUUUCCCUCCAAGCGGGAGGCCUCGUCGUCAAGAGGCAGAGUGAUAACAACGUGGCUACCCUCGCAGUGGGUAUUAUGAAGGAUAUCAACACUACUACACAAGGCCUGACUACCUCAGGUUUAGGCCUAGGCGGGCUCUUGGCGGUUAUUGGUUUGGCUCUGAGCAAGCUACUCGUCACGCUGGAACUUGUUGUUCCUGGAUUACUUGCGCUUGUUGCAUUGUUGCUUAAGGGCGUUGUGGGUACACUCGUCGCGCUGCUCCUGGGUCUUCUAGGCAUUAUUAUAGGAUAGGCAGCUGUGAUACUUGGGAAACGGGAUUGAUAUGUCCGGGGGUAUCACAUUGAGUCCCUUCUGACGGUUCCAUUUCCAGUUUUUGGAUUAUUUCUUGGGUAAAGACUCAAAGAAAGAUAUUAGUUCUCUGUAUACAAUGUAAUUCUCCGGUUCUAGCUGUAGAUUUGAUUCUACUUCCUUCAUCAUGUGCGAUAUCAACG